UUUUCUUCUUCUACUCCUUCCUUUGACUAUAAAACCCUACUCCCACGGAUCUCACUCUCUCCAAUCCAAAUUCGAGUUUUCCCAUUCAAAAAUGGCGAAUCGACUGGUCAUCGUUCUCGCAUUCACAGCUCUCUUCCUCUUCUCCAACUCUGUUCUAUGCAAGGACUCCAAUACCAAGGACGUCGCCGACGAUGACGACGAAGAUCUGAGCUUUCUCGAGGAAGCCGACGACAAAAGCGAUGCCACAGCACAUCACGGCCACAACUACCCAGAUCAGGAUGACUUCGAAGGUGAAGGAGACGAUGACUUUGAGAAUUUCUCCGAUUUCGACGAGUCGGAGCACGAUCAGGAGAACUCGUACAAGGAGACCGAGGUGGAUGAAAAGGAUGUCGUUGUUUUGAAGGAGAGGAACUUUACCACUGUCAUUGAGAACAACAAGUUCGUCAUGGUUGAGUUCUACGCUCCCUGGUGCGGCCACUGCCAGGCUCUGGCUCCCGAGUACGCCGCUGCCGCCACUGAGCUUAAGGGUGAAGAUGUGGUUUUGGCUAAAGUUGAUGCGACUGAAGAGAACGAGUUGUCUCAGGAGUAUGAUGUUCAGGGUUUUCCAACGAUUUUCUUCUUCGUUGAUGGUGUUCGCAAACCUUACCCGGGUCAAAGGACAAAAGAGGCCAUUGUGACUUGGAUUAAGAAGAAGAUUGGACCUGGUAUCAACAACAUAACCACAACGGAAGAUGCCGAACGCAUAUUGAUUUCUGAAGGCAAAGUCGUUUUGGGUUAUUUGAACUCCUUGGUGGGAUCAGAGAGUGAUGAGCUUGCUGCUGCUUCAAGACUUGAAGAUGAUGUCAACUUUUACCAAACAGUGAAUCCUGAUGUCGCAAAGCUUUUCCACAUUGACACUGAAGCUAAAUGCCCUGCCUUGGUCCUUCUUAAGAAGGAGGCUGAAAAAUUGAGUCACUUUGAUGGUAAAUUUGAAAAGUCUUCCAUUGCUGAAUUUGUAUUUGCCAAUAAGCUUCCUUUGGUUACUCUCUUCACAAGAGAAAAUGCUCCUGCAAUUUUUGAAAGUACAAUCAAGAAACAGUUGCUUCUGUUUGCUACUUCAAAUGAUUCAGAGAAGGUUGUCCCAAUAUUCCAAGAGGCAGCAAAGUCUUUUAAGGGAAAGCUUAUCUUUGUUUACGUUGAAAUGGAUAAUGAAGAUGUUGGGAAGCCAGUUUCAGAUUAUUUUGGUGUUAGUGGGGAUGCUCCAACGGUUCUUGCAUAUACUGGAAAUGAUGAUGCCAAAAAAUUUGUGUUUGAUAAAGAAGUGACCUUGGAAAAUAUCAAGGCUUUUGGGGAGGAUUUCUUGGAAGACAAGCUAAAGCCUUUCUUCAAGUCAGAUCCAAUUCCUGAAACUAAUGAUGGUGAUGUGAAAAUAGUAGUUGGAAAUAAUUUUGAUGAGAUUGUUUUGGACGAGUCAAAGGAUGUUCUUCUUGAGAUCUAUGCACCUUGGUGUGGCCAUUGCCAAUCUCUGGAGCCUACAUACAAUAAGCUUGCAAAACAUCUACGCAGUAUUGAGUCUAUUGUUAUAGCAAAGAUGGAUGGAACAACAAAUGAGCACCCUAGGGCAAAGGCUGAUGGGUUUCCAACACUUCUUUUCUUCCCCGCCGGAAAUAAGAGCUUUGACCCUAUUACCGUAGACGCUGAUCGUACUGUUGUGGCAUUCUACAAAUUUCUAAAGAAAAAUGCAUCGAUCCCUUUCAAGCUCCAGAAGCCAACUACACCUACAAAAUCCGAGAGUACUGAGACCCCAGAGAGCAGCACAACUGCGGCUCCCAAGUCUGAGAGUGCUGAUGCAAAAAUUGCAGCCGGGGAUCUCAAGGAUGAGUUGUGAGAAGUUUAAUUUUUGUUUUACUGCGUUUCUUCUGCUGUCUGUAUGGUAGAAAAGGAAUAGUUAUUGAUAGGUGGAGAAGAUACUGGCAGAGACUGAUUACAAAGGGAAAAAACAACCAGUCCUUCCUCAUCCUGGUUUUUUUUUUAAAAAGCAGAGAAAAUAGGAAAAACACCUAAAGAAAAGUGAAGCGGAGAAGAGAGAAGUAUAUUAACGCAACUAACUAUCUAAGUUUUAUAUCUUGUAAGAGAUUUCUUCAUAAAAUUUAAUAAAAGUCUUCUUUUCUA